AUGCCUCACCGAUCGGCCUCCCCGGCCCUUUCCGAAAAUGAAUUUGAUAUCUCGAAUUCCCUUUCUAAAGCGGGUCCAAAUUCUGACACCGAAGAUGAAUGGAGCUCCCAAAGGAAAAAGAAGAAGCAGACACCCAUAUCUUCUUCGAGUUUGAACUUACUGGACGGAGAUAUCAACUCAGACAACGAGAAUGGCGAUAGUGAAGACGACGGAGCGUUCAUUGCCGCAACGCAAGCUGCUGCUAAUAGGAAAGCGUCCAAUCUCAAGGGCCGUACGGUUAAAAAAGGCGGUGGCUUCCAGGCCAUGGGGCUCAAUGCCCAUCUCCUCAAAGCUAUCGCUCGCAAGGGUUUUUCUGUGCCGACUCCGAUUCAGCGAAAGACUAUUCCCGUGAUACUUGAAGAUCAGGAUGUUGUUGGUAUGGCACGGACGGGUUCUGGGAAAACGGCUGCUUUCGUUAUCCCCAUGAUUGAGAAACUGAAGAGCCAUAGCGGCAAAGUCGGAUUGCGAGGACUCGUUCUAUCGCCGUCACGUGAGCUGGCUCUUCAGACAUUGAAGGUUGUCAAAGAGCUGGGAAGAGGGACAGAUUUGAAGUCUGUUUUGCUGGUUGGUGGUGAUAGUCUGGAGGAGCAAUUUGGCCUCAUGGUCGGUAACCCAGAUAUCGUCAUUGCGACUCCUGGCCGUUUCUUGCAUUUGAAAGUGGAGAUGGGUCUAGAUCUAUCUAGUGUAGAAUAUGUGGUGUUUGAUGAGGCCGAUAGAUUGUUUGAAAUGGGUUUCGCCGCACAAUUGACAGAGAUUCUCCAUGGGUUACCUGCUACACGCCAGACUCUCCUGUUCUCUGCAACGCUUCCAAAAUCACUUGUGGAGUUUGCUAGGGCUGGUCUACAAGACCCGACACUUAUCCGUCUGGACACCGAAGGAAAAAUCUCGCCGGAUCUACAGAACGCAUUUUUCACCAUCAAAUCAGCAGAGAAGGAGGGUGCUCUCCUCCACAUCUUACAUGACGUGAUCAAAAUUCCUACUGGGCCGACUGAAGCUUCCAAGCGUUGGAAAGAUGAAGAUGAUGAAGACGGUGAAGGGGAAAAGAAGUCUAGGAAGCGAAAGCGAUCGGGAACCGACAAACCAAACAGCACUGAAUCGCCUACAAAACAUUCAACAAUUGUUUUCACUGCCACAAAACACCACGUUGAUUAUAUUGUCAGCAUCUUACGUGAAGCUGGAUUUGCGGUAUCUUAUGCAUAUGGUUCCCUUGACCAAACGGCGAGAAAUAUCCAAGUGCAACGAUUUAGAAAUGGAGUUACGCAUAUAUUAGUCGUUACAGAUGUUGCUGCGCGUGGUAUUGAUAUCCCUAUUCUAGCAAACGUCAUCAACUACGAUUUUCCUUCCCAGCCUAAAGUCUUUAUCCAUCGUGUUGGACGAACGGCCCGUGCUGGACAGAAAGGUUGGAGUUAUAGUCUUGUACGCGAUUCAGACGCUCCCUACCUCCUCGACUUGCAACUUUUCUUGGGUCGGAAAUUAGUCCUUGGAAGACAGGAUACCGAGGUCAAUUUCGCGGAAGAAGUAGUAGUCGGGGGCUUUCCACGAGAUACCCUGUCUACUCAUUGUGAAUGGGUUACAAAGACCACAGAUAAUAAUACCGAUAUUAUGGCCCAGAGAGGUGUUGCGAAUAGGGGUGAAAAGCUCUACAUGCGAACAAGGAAUGCCGCUUCAUUGGAGAGCGCCAAACGCGCCAAAGAAGUGGUGACUUCUGAUAGCUGGACGUCACUGCAUGCUCUUUUCAACGAUGAAAAUAAUGAAAUGGAAGUCGAACGCGAGAAAAUGCUAGCCAGACUUGGCGGUUAUCGUCCACAAGAAACUAUAUUCGAAAUUGGAGGCCGACGAGGUGGCAAGAAAUCUACAGAUGAAGCCUUUGAGACGAUUAAGCGAGUGCGUUCCGCUCUUGACAAGAAAAAGAAGAAAUCUACAGUGGUUGCCGCCGAUGAUACAGAGAAAGAUGACACCCAGAUGGACAACACAGCGUUCUCCGAAGAAGAAGAAAUGGACGACGGUGACGAUGCACUUAAAGACAACCUAGACAACAUGUCAAUGGCAUCGGAGUCUGAUCUGGAAGUUACAUUUUCCCAGUAUUCGCAGUCUAAGAACAACAAAUCCAAACAAAACUCCAGCACCUCUUUUCAGAACCCGGAGUACUUCAUGUCCUACACUCCUGCUGAUACAUCUCUCGCCGAAGAUCGCGCUUAUGGAGUUCAUUCAGGUUCCAGCUCAAACUUUGCACUAGCUUCACGCGAUGCCACCAUGGAUCUGACCGCAGACGAAAAAGCUGGCUUGGGGGAACCAAACUCGACAAAGCGCUGGGACAAACGUCAUAUGAAGUAUGUCUCUCGCCGCAACGAUGAAGACGGCUCCAGAGGCGGGCCAGCGCUCGUUCGCGGUGAAAGCGGCACCAAAAUUGCUGCGAGUUUCCGCAGCGGACGUUUUGAUGCCUGGAAGAAAGGCAAACGGAUGGGUCGUAUGCCUCGGGUGGGUGAGACGGAGAAUAGCACUCUUGCAGCCGAUUUAAAUGCUUCAAUGUCCGGACGAAAAUACAAGCAUAACAAGCAACAAGCUGCCAAACCUCUUGACAAACUUCGUGGCGAUUAUGAGAGGAAGAAGAAAUUGAAGGCCGCAAAGGAUCGCGAUGCCGCUGCUGCUUCAGGGGAAAUUGGCGGAGCUGCUGGUGGUGGUGGCACAAUGCUAAAAAAUGGUAGAAAGCCGAAAAAUGAGCUGCGGAAUAAUGAAGAUAUUCGCAAGGAUAGGAGGCUCAAGGAAAAGAGACGGGAGAAAAAUGCUCGGCCUUCGAAGAAAGGAAAGGGCAGGCGAUGA